UGUCUGGAGGCUGGCUAAGGAUGAGCUAACAGAUAUUAACUCACUGAAGAGGAGAGGGAAGAGUUAACUAACUGAGGAUGUAGAGGCAAUAGAUGAGGGUAAGAACAAUAGCAGGAGAUAUUGUAGUGGAGAGUUUUGGACAAGAAAGUGAGGAAGUGGUACCUGAACAUGAGGGAGGGCUGGAAAACAGUGAAGGAGAAAGAAGCCCUAUGGAGUGUGAUGCAGAAUAAUAUUAAUAGCCUCAUCUUGGGAUUAAGCCAAAUGUUUAUCCUGAUGAGUCUGGAUAUAAUUCACCUUACAGAAAUAAAAUUGUGAUGAGUUACAAGUAGAGAACAUUGAACAAAAUAGAUACAACUUAUGAAAAAGAUCAAACAAGAAAGGAGUGAUGUUUUUAGUUAAGGAAAGCUUCAAAGUGGCUGGAUACAAUGUGAUGAUGGACUAGCAGAUGCAUUAAUAAUUAGAGUCCAAAAUAUACCAGGCAAAAAGACGAUUCAAAGUAACUGACAUACCAAGCAAUUAAUUAGGGAAAUCAGUCUUUGUUGACUCUUCCAAAGCCUUUCAGUUUGUCGACCUCAGUAUACUGUUAGGAAAAAGAGCGAUAUUAAGACAUGAGGUAUAAGCACUCCUGAUUCAAAGGCUAUUUGACUGAUAGUGUGUGUGUGUGUCCUAAAUUUUUCUUAUCGUAUGACAUAAUUAUAGUUUUAGAUCCUCAUCAGUCACUGCUACAUCUUGCAACCAGUAUUUGGAGAACACAGUGAGAAUAAUUGAGGGUGGUUGCAUCACCCUCAAUCACGAUCUACAAAACUCAAACGAUGACCAAAGGGGCAAUGGAUCUGUACAUGAGUGAGGUGGCGAGGGGCGUGGCCAGGGGGCGGCUAGCAGCGUGUGCCACCAGGGAAAUGUGUAUGAACAUAAAAAAAGGCGCCUGUCAAGAAAGGUUCGUUCGGUGCAAGGAGUUGGCACAGGAGGUGUCUGAGGCUGUGCAGAGCGGCCGUCUGAACCUGGUGCCACAGCUGCACAGGAGGGCAUGGCAUAGCUGGCUGGACAACAUCACAGACUGGUGUGUCUCCCAGCAACUCUGGUGGGGCCACAGAAUGCCAGUGUACCACAUCACUGCAGCAGACGGCCGGGAGGUGUGGGUGGCAGCUGCUCGGAGGAAGAUGCAAGGCGGAAGGCUGUGCAGAAGGAAGACUGUGCUGCUGCAUGGCCUCCUGUGUGAUGGUGGCGGCCACAAGACAUCCAAGUCCUGGGGCAAUGUGAUAAACCCCCUGGAUGUGAUCAGUGGGGCGUCCCUGGAGGUACUGUGUGAGAGGAUGGAGGGGAGCCUGAAUACAGAAGAGGUACUCACUGGUAUCAGGAGGAACUUCCCCACAGGCAUCCCAGAGUGUGGAGCUGAUGCCCUUUGGUUCACCCUGUGCUCCACCAACUUCAAUACUGCACACCCCGUCCUGCAGCCUCAAGGCACUCACCUCUCCUUUUCCAGUCAUCGGUGCCUUGCCUCCUUGCAACACCACCACCACCACCACCACUGCUGCCAUCACCUACGAGGGGGAGAGACUGUGAUGUGGCUGCGGGUGGCUAGGUUCGGAGGCCUCCAGAGAGCUGCCCAAAGUGAAGCUUGUGGUAUAGAGGGACAGCUGCUGAUUAUCAAGCUUAUGGAGUGACUGGAGGAAAGUGGGAGGAGCCUGGAAGGAGUGGUGGAGGUACAGUACUUGGAGAAAAUCCCUCCACCAUGAUGACUGGGUGUCUGCUGUACAGGCCACUGACCAAUGGUGAGAGAGGGAGAGAGACUGGCUAAUGGUGGAUGAGAGAGAGAGAGAGAGAGAGAGAGAGAGAGAGAGAGAGAGAGAGAGAGAGAGAGAGAGAGUCAUGAUAAAUAAUAUUGGGCACAGGCUUCACCACUGGGUCGACUGUGAGGGCCGCGUUCUUCUGCUAGGGAAGUAUUGGCUGGUUGGUGGCCGCGGCUGUUCACACACUCUUUCUUGCUGCGGCUGGCAUGCUGUUCUGUCCUCUCUUGUUCAGGAAUUGCUGUCUGAGGUGUGUGUGUGUGUGCAUGUGUGUGUGUAGAAGCCACCAUCAUCAACCACAGCAGGUGAUAAUGAUGCUUCCUGCUUUCAUCCUCAUUGGGGCUAGCCAGACCAACUUGGGGCUGUACUGGGGUGACGCUGUGUGCCUCAGGUGGGUCUGGAAGGCUGAGAUAGUGAGAAGGUAACAAUUUAAAAGGACUAGUGUACACUUAAACCAUUACAAACACUAUGUAAUGCUGGUAUACACACACAAACACUGGUUUACACAUAGAGACAUAUAUAAACACUUGCUAUGGUUUGUAUACUCUUAGAAACACACACAAACUCUUAAUAAGUCUAGUAUACACACAAACUUGUAUACAAACACUAGUAUAUAUUUAGAGACACGUCCAAAUCUUUGCUAAGUCUGAUAUAAACACACAAACUCAUAAGAGAUGUUGGUAUAUGCUUGGAAAUCUAUACACACAUUAGGUAAGACUAGUAUACACAAAUCUAUACAUAUAUUAGGAAUUUAUUGAAUGAUUGAGAUGAUUAGUAUCUCUCUCUCUCUCUCUCUCUCUCUCUCUCUCUCUCUCUCUCUCUCUCUCUCUCUCUCUCUCUCUCUCUCUCUCUCUCUCUCUCUCUCUCUCUCUCUCUCUCUCUCUCUUUCUCUCUCUCAUAUCCUUUGUCUAUCUCAAAUUUUCUCUUUUAAUCUCUCCCUCUCUGUCUGUCUGUCUGUCUGUCUGUCUGUCUGUCUGUCCCACACCUCAAUACACCCUUCCUGUCUUCAUACACUUUAGUACACCCUUCCUGUCUGCCCCUGGACCUUAAUACACCCUGUAUCACCCCUGCAUCUCAUUAAACUAUCCCUAUUUCUCCUUCACCUCAAUAAACCCUGUCUAAUUUCCCUGUCUAGCUGUUUGUCUCAUCUUAUUACACCCUGUCUCUCCCUGCUUCUUGUUGCACCCUUCCUUUCCCCUACUCCUCAAUACUCCCUUCCCACCCUGUGUCAUGUGUAUAUAUUUAAAUAUUUAUAUUCAUUUGUGGCAUUCUUCAUGUGUUUUUGGAGUGUUUUGGGGUGUUUGGGUGUGUUUUGGAUGAGUUUUGGGGUGUUUUGGGUGUCUUUUGGGGUGUUUGGGUCAGUUUUGGGUGUGUUUUGGGGUGUUUUGGGGUGUUUGGGUCAGUUUUGGGUGUGUUUUGGGGUGUUUUGGAGUGUUUUGGUGUGUUUUGGGGUGUUUUGGUCAGUUUUGGGUGUGUUUUUGGGUGUGUUUUUGUCAGUUUUGAGUGUGUUUUGGGGUGUUUUGGUCAGUUUUGAUGAGUUUGGGUGUGUUUUGGGGUAUUUUAAGUGUUUUUUUUUGGGUAUUUUAAAGGAGUUUGGGUGUGUUUUGGGUGGCUAGGGAUGUGCUGCGGGUGGAUAAGGCUGUUUCUGGGUGUUUAAGUGGGUGUGGAUGCGUUUUGGGGUGUAGAGAGAUAGACGUGAUGUGUGCAAGGUGUCUCAGUCCCUGGAUGGGUGUAGCAGUGUGUGGUGGUGCUGUCUGUGUCUCGUGGUGUGGGAGUGCAUGUAAAGGAACAGAUAAUUUAAGACAGUUUAUCAUAUUUAAUUAUUUUGUUUAUUAAUUUAUUUACUAUUAUCAUUAUUUUUUAUUGUUUUUAAAGGGGGGUUAAUUUUUACGUUCAUCUUUGUGUUCGGGAGUGGUUAGUGGUGCUAUUGACAAAUAAAAGAAAAACAGGGAGAUCGUUUUAUUUUUUAGUGUGGAAAUUGUUGCAGUUUGUCAGGUGUUGAUUGGUGUUGAGAGUCGCAGGUCCCGUCUCGCCCUCUGUCAUAAAAUAAACAAUAAAGGGUUGAUUUUC